ACGCACCGGAAGGAAGUGGGACUUGCACAUGAACCAGAAGCAAUGCUGCUGCGGUCGCUCCGUAGCUGGGCUGCCCGGUCGCUACGCAGCAUGGGCCCGGGGAGCUCAGGGAGCCCCGGGAGUCUCGAUUCGGGCGCUGGGCCGCUGUGGGCACCUCGCCGCGCCUGUCCUCCGGAUAAAGAUAGAGAAAAAGAUAAGGAGAAAAAAGCAGUGGUUUGUAUUGAGGGCAAUAUUGCAAGUGGAAAGACGACGUGCCUGGAGUUUUUCUCCAACACAACAGACGUCGAGGUGUUAAUGGAGCCUGUGCUCAAGUGGAGAAAUGUCCACGGUCAUAACCCUCUGAGUCUCAUGUACCAUAAUGCCAGUCGGUGGGGCCUCACGCUGCAGACAUAUGUGCAGCUCACCAUGCUGGACCAGCACACUCGUCCUCAGAUGUCACCUGUACGGUUGAUGGAAAGGUCAAUUUACAGCGCAAGAUACAUUUUUGUAGAAAACCUGUAUAGAAGUGGGAAGAUGCCCGAGGUUGACUAUGCGAUUCUGUCUGAGUGGUUUGACUGGAUCAUCAAGAACAUUGAUGUCUCUGUUGAUCUGAUAGUUUAUCUUCGAACCACUCCUGAAAUCUGCUACCAGAGAUUAAAGAUGAGGUGCCGGGAAGAGGAGAAAGUCAUUCCGGUGGAAUACCUCAGUGCUAUUCACCACCUCUACGAGGAGUGGCUGGUCACUGGUAGCCUUUUCCCAGCUGCAGCCCCUGUUCUGGUAAGUCAGUGUUCCUCCCAGGGUGGAAACUUUCCUAUGAGAGGAAAGUCCAGAGAAUGUCACCCAUGCCACAGAAAAGAGCUCUGGACAGAGACUCAGAGGGAUGUGGGCUUGAGAAGGCUAGUUAUUUUAGUAACAUGUCAUACACAGCAUCACGACAAGAGUUUCCCAGUUGCUCUGGACCUGUGUUUGCAUUUGGACCUUUGGGAAUAUGGCCUAUUCUUUAGUGGGUGACACAGAGCCAUCAUCACGGUUAUGUGACUCAGUAUCUUCUGAAGCCAUCUCAGUGGCUGUCCUUAGUUGUCACACAGUGGCACUUCAGGAGGUGCUGAGGUAUACAGUGCCACACUCCUUUGCCUCUGAGCUCUGGGGCCCACUGUAGCAGUGUUUGUGUGUCCUGCUUAUCUGUAUGUCCUACUGCGUAUGCUCUGUGCUCUAGUGCCCUUUCUGCAUUUCCUCAGGCAGACAGGUGCUACUUGGGGCUGCCACAUAUCUAGCAGGGGAUCAUGGGCUUUUGUUUAUGGCCUUGGUCUGUAGGCCACAUAGACAUUAUAGCCCUGAGAGGGAAGUGUCAAGGGACUUCUUCACUGUGGGAGCGUUCAGAGUUUAUUGUUUCCUUUACUGUGAAAAGCAAACCUGAAAGGGGUUUGGGAAAUGGGAGAGUGGCAGAGAGCUUGUCUAGACAUUGGAGUACCUGGGUUUAGACUCCAAAUCCCAGUGAAAAGAAAGGGCAUUGUUGCCAGGAUGAUUCUUCCAUGGAAAUCCGGUUGAGUGUUGACUGCCCUGGAGCCGGAGUCUAUGGUUCUGACCUUCUUGGUCUCUCAGCCUCCUGCCUCCCUCCCCAGUGGGCUGGAGUUGGCUAGUGCAGCCUGUGAUCUGUUUGUUUUAUUUCCAGGUGAUUGAGGCUGACCACAACUUGGAGAAAAUGUUAGAACUCUUUGAGCAAAACCGGGCCCGGAUAUUAACUCCAGAGAAUUGGAAGCAUGGGCCUUAGGACUGAGCGGUGUACAAGCCAGUGUCAGGAACAGCCCAGGCAGGGCCAGGUCAGCUGCUAGGAACACUUGGAAGAAUCUACUCUCAAAAGGGUCUGUAUCUGAUCAGAUCUGUUUUCACAAUGGUCUUUUCAUUGUAGUACAAACCGCUUUUGUCUGUCAGAUCCUUGCAAUAUACUUUCCCCGAGGUCCCCUCCUGACGCUGAAGCUCUGUGUAAAAACACUUGCUGUAUCCUUGGGGGUUGUUCUGGUUCCUAUGCAUCAGGUCACCUUGUGGGGUGAGGGAGCAGUCUCAUCCCAGGUAAGGAUUUGAAACCCAGAGAGGUGCAGGGACUCUUCAAGGUCACAAGGCAGGACAUAGUGGGGCUGGGACCAUUGAGAUACCUGGCUUGGGCUGCCUCCUCCUAAGCAGUUCCCCUCAGCCCUUCUGUUCUGAGCGCCCGCCGGCCCCCACCUCUGUGAGAAGAGCUGGCAGUUUGUGGAUUCUGUCAUCUUUCGGUACCGGACAAGUUUCAAGGAGACCAGACAUCACUAGGCAUUGGCACACCUCUUAUUUGGCAUGAGCCCAGGGUUUCCUGGCAUGAAGGUACUGUAACCUCUCUUCCUUUGUCAUCUGGCCCUCAGUGUCCACUGGGGAAUCCUGGACCAGUCUUUGCACGGUGCCAGUGUCCUUGAAGAUGAGGUCUUUCCCAGACUCUGCCAGUUUCAUGUCAUUCUAUGUCAGAAAAAAAGGGCUUAUGGGACCUGGACACUUUACCCUGUGCCGAGGGAGGCCAAAGGCAGCCAGCUGGGCUUCCAAGGCCCCAUCGCUUUCUCCUGUCCUUGUGUGAGGACCAGUGCCCUUGCUCCAGUGAGAGUGACAAUGGCCUUAACUCCUUUGAAGUGUUUUCCCAUCUGAGUGGAUGUCACGGACCACAGAGCAUGAAGUCAUUUCUAUUGGAUCAGAAAAUACCUUAGCUUUGCUUGGCCAUAACUGCACCAAAGGUGCAGCUGUUACUUGAACCAGUCGAGACCAAGAAAAAGACCGACAUUCCCUGGACAGUGAGAUGGAAAGUCAUGGCUCUCCAACAAAGGCAUUUAAGGCCUUGCUGCUCUUGACAUUCUGGGCAGAUGGAGCAUCUGGAGAAGACUGGACCCAGAUGAUAGAAGGGGACGAUAACUGUACUCUGGAGAGACACAGCGUGGACUGGGCGGGGCUGCAGAUGCAUGUGUCCAGCUGGCUCUGCUCUGCUCUGCUCUGCCUGUCUGUAGGUGCCUGGGAUGCCUGCCUGGUAGCUAGAAAGAGGGCCAAGAGUCCAGCUCGUGGCCUUUCCUGUCUUGGACUUUUCUGUUAAUAUGAAGAAGAAUAGCAGCCAGGGGGAUUGUUUACCAGCACCUGCAGUCUAGCAAUGGAUAAACCGUAAACCUGGGAAAGGCAGGUUUGAACCAGCAGUCCUGAUGGGGCAUCUUUAGAAUUAGCAAAGGAACAGUCCAGUACUUGCCCCUUUGCUUAACCAGAGCACCUGUUUUGGGAAGAAAUGUGAUGUUUCUCUUGCUCUAUGGUAGCAAAUAAAUUCUGCAGCUAAACUA